AUGCACAUCACCAGCCUCGAUAUCUCAUUUCACGCACUUGCAUCCGUGACCGAGAACGCCUUCCUCGCUGUUGCAAACGCAUCAUACGUUCGAUGGGAACCCCUCGAAGUAAACGGCAGGCUCGACAUCCUCAACCCAGCUUCUGUCAAUGCAGAACGUAUCGUCGCAACAGAGGUGCAUAUCUAUUCUAUUCUGUGCUAUCAUCGUUUUUUUUCUUCUAAGACCUUCAUUUCAUGCGUUGAACACCUCCCAAAACUUGCUCCUCGUGACGACCCCUUCUUACGGCUUCGACGCGUGUUUAGCCCUCCUGGCUUGACGAACACCACCACUGGCUUCCCAGAUCCUACGAAACGCACAGAUAGGGUGUUUAGGCACGACCACCAAUUUGAAUGGACAGUCGAGGAGUUCCAGGAGUGGUGCGCAGGCAUCGCGCAGGAAUGGGGAUACGACGUGGAUACGACGACUACUGGCCGUGCACAUGGGAAAGAUAGGUGGGGCCGGAAUGAAGAACUUGUGGGUCCGAACCAGGUUGCUGUGUUUAAGCAUCUUGAAGGCGAAGCUUGGGCUACGACGCGCGAAGAAAAGAGCACCCAGAUGAAAGAAAGAAACCGAGGGUCGGUCGAGGAGAUCGCCAACGCUGUAUCGGACAAGUUCGAAGAAUGGGACGAGGCUGAAGAAGAGGACAUCAGAGUGGGGCUCCAGAAGAACCGGCUAAUGAUUUGUUUGGGGAAGUCGUGCAAUCAAAAGAAUAUCGUUCUGAUGAUGACCUGGGAUUCCACUGUGGAAGUGGUCUGUACUCUUCAGACUCUGGCGUUGAUCUUUUGUGGGACAUGAGGAAAGACGACAGGGAAGGAGUCUGCUUGGACGUGCGAGUCUUGUGAAGACGACGUAGUUGACUGAAGCGGUGGAACUCUUUGUCUGGGUCCUUGAUAUUCGGCAUUUCUCGUUCCUCGACCUUUCCAUUCAGCACACCGCUUUCCUGAGCUAACACGGUAAAAAUAUCCAAGAUAUGGUUGAAAUAUUGAAAAUGCCAGGACCUAAUAUACAGCAG